AUGACGUUCACGCGUCCGAAACCUGAUCACAAAUCGCCUGUGGUGCAACAACAAUCUUUACGGAAGCUUAGCGAAAUAAUGCAUUCGAGCUCAGAAAAUCAGGGCUGUGCAGAUUGCUCAUCGCGUUUUAACGACACUAUUUGGGCAAGCACGACUAUCGGUGCUUUUCUUUGCAUUCACUGUGCGGGUGCUCACCGCAAACUUGGCGUUCAAUUAUCGAGGGUAAAGUCCCUCCAUCUCGAUACUUGGACCGACGAGGAAGUUGUAGCAAUGAGAGGUGGCAAUAAACAUGUCAAUGAAAUUUACAACAAAUUUCUUGACAAGUGGCUUAAGGUGGACCCGUCACUGGAGCUCUUACCUUAUACUACCACAGAUGCUCGUGAAAGGUUCAUUCGUGCGAAGUACGAAAUUAAGCAGUUCACUAAGAUGCCUGAUAAAGAUAACCGAGAGAUUCAGCCAGAAAGUACCGAUGAGCUAAGUGCUGGUUUAGGCGGCGAUCAAGUCGGAGCCAUGACGCUUGAUGAAUCUCUGAAUUCAUCGUCUAAACCCCUAAUGGGCCAGAAACAGCAACAAAGACCAGGCAAAACUCAUAAAUUAAAUGUUGAUCCUGCAUCGGUUAAGCCAGGAAGUGUUGUGGAAGUGACAAAGCGUUUUCUUAACUAUUUUGUCGUGCUUGGCCGCGGUGCAUUGAUACCAGACCAAAACAUUGAAAAAACGGCGAGCCCAACUGACAUUCGAUUUUUUCCGGCUGUACUUGACAUGUUCCCCGAUACGCUUCGAGACUCACCACUGCAAGCACAUAUUGCUGAAUUUGCAUUUCCGGAGGGAUUCUUUCUAAGCAAAUCUUACAUUGCACCAGUUUUGUUUUCGUUUGUUCUUACAAAUGUAAAUGGCAUCAAGAUUUACGCUUGCACACUGAGAUUUUACGAAGAACUGCACCCGCUUGAAGUCGUGUCAUUGAUAGCUCCGCAUUGUCAUCUCCAACGCCACCGGCGGCGACCCUCAGGUAGCCCUAAAAAACAUGAUGACAAUCAGCGCGAUCUGUUGCCUCAAUGGGUUCAAGAUCUUUCGGGAAAUACAACAACUUCGCCUGGGCCAGUGUUUUGUCCAAAAUGUAUUUUAGUUACUUCACAUUACCCCUAUUUUUCAGCCUUUCGCCAGUUUCUUCAACAGAUUUAUCGAGUGACGCUGUCAGAGUCUCCAAUGCCAAUCGAAAGGUACAUUGCGAAUUUUUUGGUAGAAAUUCCACUGCCACCCCCGGGUCGAAUUCAAGUUCAGCUGACUUUACCGGAUCGAAAUAUCAUGAUUUCUCGCCCUCCAAAGAAUGAUUUUCCUCUUGCAGAUUUUUCGUUUCGACCUCUUUUUCAGGUCUUGGACCUUAAUAAUGUGCUUUUGGUUUUUUCGUGUGUUGCUUUGGAGCUGAAGGUCGUGCUAUGCUCCAAGUAUGUUGGGCUUCUCACACCUAUUGCUGAGGCUCUUCUGGCGAUUUUGCUGCCACUGUCAUGGCAAGGAGCCUACAUCCCAGUGCUCCCGACCUCUCUUCUUGAUGUAGUUGACGCACCGAUCCCUUUUCUAGUUGGCACUCACUCGGAUUGUUUAAAACACGUGACAUGUCAAACAUCUGGCGUUGUCUUUGUCGAUCUUGACCACAACCGUGUCAUUCCGGCCGUAGAUAGCUUGGGCAAGACUAUCACAAUUCCGAAAAUGCCAGAUCGAGAAGGAUCAAAAUUACGUGCAAAAUUGGCAGAAGUUGCAAAUAUAUUCGAUCCCUAUGCUGCAGGAAUCAGCCGAGUAGAUUUGGCCUUUCCGAACGAGGAAUACCUUGAGCCCAUUGGCAACUUUGCUUCUGACCACGGGCAAACGAUACCUCUUUCGCCUUCUUUUUCAGAAUCGUGUAUGUCCGACUCUUUGCACUCACAUUAUGCGAUCGGCAAGAUCAAGCGAGGAAGAAAAUCAAAUUCCGCUUUCAAUCUUUCGUUGUCAUCUCUGUCCCCAGUCUCUACGGCAUUAUUACCUCAAUCAAUUCCUGGACUUGAUCGUCACAUCGUCAUGGUAUCAGCGAUGCCAUCAAUUGACAACGAUGCAAGCGGGGGGCUUACCGACACCCGAUACAACGAAACAGAGCAUUUUUCUGCCAGGGGUGUCCGCACAGCCUUUUUACGUUUUUUCGUGACAAUCUUUAAGAAAUAUGCGAGCUACUUGGAGCCUGCUCCGCAAGGACAGCCGGAAACACCAGCACUUUUUGAGAGCAAGCGGUUCCUCCACGACAACUUUGAUGCUGCAUCUCGUCCUUUCGUUGCGCAGCUGAUUGCAACGCAAAUGUUCGAUCGUUUCAUUGAAGACCGUGUCUACAAUUACCAACUUCCAGAAGUGCUUUUUUUUGACCAGUCGAUUAAUCAGAAGCUUAAUCGCUCACUGAAGAUUGGAAAGAAGAAAUACGAUUGCAGUUUCUUAGAAGAUCGCUCGGAAGACAUCCAAGAAACGUUUAUUGCACCACCUCCGUCAAAUAUCGGCCUUCCUGAUAACGGAACGGUUUACAAGUAUAAAGCAUUUCCCCGACUGAAGAAAAAUUUAUUUGGCAACGUCAGAAAGCCUCGUGAACUGUAUAGUUCUCGGGAGCAGCAGCGUAAUGUAUCUCGUGUGAGUUUAUACUAUGGAAUGUUCAAGACGGCAAGGUCAUUUAUCGGAAAUGGCCCGAGCUGGGAAACCACACGUCAUCUCAUCAUCACUCUGCAAACACAGUUUCGAAUGUACAGUGCAAGAAGGAAAUAUUGUAGAAAAAGAAUUGCUGCAAUAUCGAUUCAAAGAUGGGUAAAUGCGCAGAUAAAGGGAAGAGAUGAUCGACAACACUUUUUAGCGCUAAAGAAUGGAGCGAUCAUGAUUCAAAAAAUCUACCGCACACAUCAUGCAGUCUUGAACUUUCGAAGGCAACGUGUGGCUCUGCUCAAAUUACAACUUUUGGCUAAGGGCUAUAUAGUCUACGCACGCUAUCGGCGCAUGAUUCGAGGCUUCUAUUGCCUCCAAGCACUAUGGCGUGGAAGCUUUUACAAACGCAAUUACAAGAAACUGAAAUCUCAGGUUGUUCGGACUCAAAGCUGUAUCAGAGGCUUCUUAUCUCGACAGCAUACGACUAAGUGGAAAAUUGGAAUACUAGAGGAAAGUCGCCGAACGGUUUAUGAUUUGUGGGAAUUGUGUGAUACGCCACUGCUACAUCGAUCCAAAUUCUGGCUCACCUACAACCGAACAGACUUUUUCACUAUCGGAGUCUUUCAUGAGGAAAAAAAUCGGCUGAAUGCCUGUUUCUCUGAAGGAAAGUUACUUCCAAUGACUCCGGAACUGCGCCGGCAUUUUGCAGUACAUACACAAAACAGGAAAAAGGAGAAUGAAGUUCGCUUAUCUCGAUUUACUGCCAUGAAACACAUUUUGAACUCGAGAGGGAGAGGUCAUCAGAAGACUUUGAAGGAUGUUGCUACCAAAAGAAUCAAAGAAGAACGGGGCAACAUAUACAAAGGACUCAAAUACCACACUCAAGCUUCCGCAGUAGAGGAAUACUAUCUGAGAAUUGGAAUUGAUCUACACUCGAAGAAAAAAAAACGAGAGCUGGCGGCACUGGUUUGGACCAGCUAUAAGACGGCAGAUAUCAGUGCUGAGGUAGUCAUAUCCACGUCAAUAAGUUCUGACCAAGCCAACCCACUCCCAGCACAAAUUGACCAUCAAAAGCAGCUUCGCCUUCGCGACGAUCUUGCGUUCACAGUCAACGCAGCACUAAAGUCGAUUCGAGUCUCCGCUCCAUCUUCUGCGUCGUCACUUUCUUUGUCAAACAGUCGUACAAUUGCCGAGUUGCAAAACCAGCGAACUGCGUGUAAAAGUUGA